GGGAAAGUUUCCUAACAAUUUAUAAUCUUGUUUGGAACAAAUAUUCUCACCUGGCAAUGGUGUUUCUAAACCCUGGCUCAAACCUUAAAAGCCUCUCACCAAUUCAGACUCGUUUCCUCUCUAACAUCACCAAUCUCCUCCAAACUCCAAACCCUAACCCUAACCCUAGAAUCCCCAUGGCCAGCACCCCCUCAAAAAGACCAUUUUGCCACCGCUGCACAAAACCCCACCGCCUCUGCCUCUGCUCCCGCCUCAAGACCCCGCCAUUGAACAACCCGAUCUCCAUCACCAUCCUCCAACACUCCCUCGAGAAGCGCCACCCUCUGAACUCCACCAGGGUCGCCCAAUUAGGGUUCAAGAACCUCGCCGUGGUCCCCGUCACCGACGUCAACUUCACCGCCCGCUUCGCCGUCCGCCCAGUCGUCGAAAGAUCGGAUUUUGAUAAGACCCGUUUAGCUGGUUUUGAUAAUGGAGACGGCUCCGGUGAUGGGUCCAGUCCUGAUCAAUUGAAGAAGUUGAAAUGCAAUGGGGUUGAGGGUGGUGUAGAAGCGACUUCUGAUCCAAAUCGAUCGGAUUCCGUCGAAAGAUUGGAUUUUUCAGGUACCCGUUUGGUUGAUUAUGAUAAUGGUGAUGGUUUUGAUAAUGGGUCUUUUGUUGAUCAAUUGACGAAGCAUAAAAGUUCAAUGAAGAAAUUGAGAUGCAUUAAACUCGAAGAUGGGGUAGAAGCGGUUUUUGACAAGUAUCGACUCGCUUGCUCUGCCGGUGAGCUUGUAAUCGACAUUGAACGCACUGCGAAGCCUGAUAUCAGUUGGGUUCUGAACACUCCAUUCGGCCGAGUCUUGGCGCGUAAUGAAUUUAGGGUGACAAAGUUACAGAGGAAGCAACUGAAGCCUAGUAGUGAAGAGCUUGAAGAUUUCGAGGAGUUUGACAUUGUGAUACCUCCAGGAGCUGCACUUCUGUUUCCUGGAGGGAAGUCGAGUUUCGAUCCGAAGGAAAUGGAUUUCGAAGUGAAGCAUUUGAUUGUUUUGGAUGGAACUUGGGCGAAGGCACAGAGAAUGUACCAUGAGAAUCCAUGGUUGAAGCUUUUGCCACACAUAAAGUUGGAUUCGGAGAAGGAGAGCUUGUAUAGUGAAGUGAGGCAUCAACCUAAGGUCGGGUGUUUAUCGACAAUAGAGAGUAUUGUUUGCGCAUUGAAGGGACUGGGGAAUGAUAUGGAGGGAUUGGAUGAUUUAUUGGAUGUUUUUGAAUCGAUGAUUAUCGAUCAAAGGCGGUGCAAGGAUGAGAAGUUCAAGGACAAGGAUAUGGCGUAGAGCGCAUUUGAGGUAGUAUUCUGAUUGCGGCUGGUAAUUCUUUGGACAUCUGUGAUGUUGGCGAUGAAAUUUUAUAGAGCAGGUGGAGGAAAUGGGAUGUGUUCUAUUGGGAUUUCUCUGCUUGCUGGCGUUAAGCGCACGUCCAUCUGUAGAACUUUCGCACGUAAUGAAACAAAUGUUGGGGAUUGUUUUAAGAUUUUGAUCUCAAUGCCAACAAAAUCUGCUGUAUGCUAACAUUCUACUGGUGGAUCUUGUCAGUAUUUUGGUAAUUAAUAACCU